AUGCGAUGGCGCCGACCAAGUCGAGAGCACAGCCACAAGCCCGGUCGAACUGCCAACGCUGCUUCUCAAGUGGACCGAGCGAGGCCGUUGGCCAAUUCAAGAUAUCAAGUCACUAGUUCGGUCAAGCUGCUGAAACCGCUGAGCAACUCGCCAGCAAGUUCGAUGGCCCAAUACAAUCGCGCGCCUGGCCAACCUGAAAGUUGCUGCGCUGGAAACAGCAAAGCUUCUAGCCUAGCCCAUGGCGAGGAAGACACCCAGGUUCGCCGGAAGCCGGCGUCCGACUUGCGAAAGAACCGGCGCAGGCGAGAGGAACAGGACAGAGAAAGCCGGGGGACCAGGGAGAAGGAGAUCGGAGAACAGUGGAGUGAUUCCAAGAUCUUCAGUCGGCGGCCUGAACUUCCACCGAGGAGCCCGACAACAUUGAGCCGGAAGGCACUUGCGCAAUCGGGGACAAAACAAGCGUAG